AUGCCAUCAUUUUGGGUCAAUAAAGCCCUAGAAAUCAACUUUUCGCAAACACCUCCACUUGCCCAAGAAUUGCGUAAUCUGAACGUAUCUCAACCAGCACAACUUGUCUGUGACCCGCACGAGAACACAAAACGCGUAUUGGAGCAUUACCGUCUCAUGUUUUCCCAUGCGGAAGGGGAUAGCGCAAAUGGCACGACUAGUGUGGAUGAACGAAUAAAAUUUACUCCGCAAAUAUGUGCGGAUAUUUUUGCCCAAUACCAGCUUGGUUUGAGGAGUUUGUGCCUGAAUGUUAAUUCGACACGUCUCUAUGAUCUACUUCAUUCUGACGGAAAAGAUGAGGACAACCGGUUAUGCGCAACAUUCAUCACCGAUCUAGUUCCCAGCAUUUCUCCCGUGCCCAGUUAUUCUCUGGACGUAUACUAUUGGGCUCAGCGACUGGAGUCUUUACACAAACAAGCUAUUUCUUGGGAUGCAACUCAAUUCCCCGUGCUUUUGUGUGGUCUUAACACCAUCGAAUUACCUCUUCCGUCAACGGUUCAAGAAGAAGUUCACGGAAGUGAAGAUGUGCAGUCAGCCGGGGACAAAACCCGAUCAUUUGUACGAAACAGCGCUGGUUUUCCCGAAGUGUACGGUUAUCCACCGAUUUGCGAACCAAAGUCGGGCACAGCACCGUUUCUCACAAUUGCUAGUAAAACAAGAGCUGAUCAAAACAGAACGGGUGAUAAGUGCAGUUUACUCUUGCAAGUUGUGGAAAACCUGAUGACCGGAUACGCACUUGGUUUGGAUCGUGUGCAUCUGUUGAUCAGUUUCAAGGAAAUCAGAGUCCGCGGACCGAGCUUCAUCACCAACGAUCUGCUUGUUUUCCCAAGUCGAGCGGAAUUUUUCAAUCUCGUGAAUCGCUUCAAUGGAUUGCUCGCUGGUAUUCAAUCACAAGCGGCUGACGAUGCUGACUCUGUCAGUGAUUCAACCGCGCGGGCAGAUCAGCGUUCGAAAACCACGGUGAAGAGAACAGAAAAGAGCCAGAACGGUGCACUAAACACUGGCCUUGAUCCAACAACCGAAGUAUGGUCAUGA